CCUUGUACAAUUGAAAAAUCUUCUAAACUCUCAGUGGCAAUCAGUGACAGUCCGUGUGAUUCUGAGCAAAGAUCAUGCUGUUGUGGUCUUCAAUGCCAUGCGCCAGCCCGUCAACUUUUUGUCCCUUUGUAUAUCCACGGGCUCCCCGAAAGCAAAUUUCAUAGACAUGUUCCUUUCGAUGGAAGAAGUCUUGCGGACGAGACAAGAGCGAUCGGACCCAACACUUCUUUAUGGUGGUAUCUUUGCAGGCCCGUCAUUGAUCCAAAGAUUAGGUGGAUCAUGGUUAUAAAUGCAUCUAAAACUUGUUCUUCUUCGUGUUUGAUCUCUCCGCGCUACACGAAAAGAAUCGCCAUCUCCAUACAUGGUCGGUUGAGUGAUUGGAUACCUUUUCGCAAAACCUGGCUUUGAUUCCGGAUCGUUUUUGUGAUGCAUGGGCCGUGUCUUGUUUUGGCAGGAGCACGCUGUCGAGUUACACAAAUCCAGCAUGAAUCUCGAGGCAGGAGCCGAGGGAGACCAGCGAGCCGAGGAUCCCGAGUGGAGCACGACUUGGCGAGGCCGCCGAAUCGUGAAAGGAGGCUGGAAGACGAGCCCUUUCAUCUUUGGGAACGAGGCGACUGAGAAGCUGGGAGCCAUUGGACUGCAAGUGAAUCUGGUGACAUACCUCGUCCAGCAGCUCCAUUUCAAGCCGGCCGAUGCGUCCAACACCCUCACCACUUUCGGCGGGACCGCAGCCUUCACACCCUUUGUCGGUGCCAUCAUCGCUGAUGCGUAUGUUGGUCGCUACUGGGUGGUGCUCUUGGGCUCUAUCCUCUUCACACUGGGAUCCUUCGUUCUCACGAUCCAAGCCCUGGUUCCCAGCCUGAGACCCGACCAAUGCGCGGCGAAAUCAUCGCUGUGCGAGCGCUCGACAGUGGGUCAGCUGGGAUUCCUGUACCUCUCCUUCGUUUUGCAGGCCGCGGGCUCGGGGGGGAUCCGGCCAUGCGUCGCUGCAUUUGGGGCGGACCAAUUCAACGAGGAGGAUCCCAAGCAGCGCACCCAGAUCCUCCACUUCUUCAACUGGUACUACUUCACACUCCAGCUCGCCACGCUCAUCACCUCCACCGUGUUCGUGUGGAUCCAAGACAACGUCGGCUGGGCCGUCGGAUUCGGCCUCCCCGCCGUGCUCAUGGCGCUGUCCGUCAUCAGCUUCGUGGCCGGCACGCCCAUCUACCGGACCGCCCGCCCCACCGGCAGCCCCAUCACCAGGCUCUUCCAGGUCAUCGCCGCCGCCGUGAAGAAGCGCAAGCUAGAGCUGCCGAACGAUCCGAUGGAGCUGUUUGGGGCCAAGGACAAGCUCCACUCGCCCACGCGGCUGCUCCACACGGAUCAAUUCAGAUUCCUGGACAAAGCUGCGAUCGUAACAGACGAUGACCAGCGGCGCAGCGGCGGCGAUGUGGACCCCUGGAAGGUGAGCAGCGUCCACAGCGUGGAGGAGCUCAAGCUGCUGCUCCGGCUGCUACCCAUCCUAUGCACGGGCGUGCUCGUCUUCACGGCGUGGGCGCAGCAGGGCACCUUCUGGGUCCAGCAGGGCCGGACAAUGGACCGCCGCCUCGUCGCCUCCAGCUCCUUUGAGAUCCCGCCCGGAUCGAUGACGGCAUUCACCACUCUCGCGCUGCUCGUCCUCAUCCCGGUCUACGACAAGCUGGGGAUCCCAGUGCUGCGCCGGAUCACGGGCCACCCCCGCGGCCUCACCUCCCUCCAGAGGAUCGCCAUCGGCCUCGUCGUCUCCAUCCUCGUCAUGGUGGCCGCCGCCGCCACCGAGGUGAAGCGGCGCAGCGCCGCCGCCGCCGCGGGGCUGCUCGACUCCACCGACCGGACCAUCCCCAUCUCGAUCUUCUGGCUGCUCCCGCAGUACGUGCUCAUUGGGGUGAUGGAGCUCUUCCUCUCCAUCGGCCAGAUCGAGUUCUUCUACGAUCAGUCGCCCGAGAGCAUGCGAAGCAUGGCCACGGCGGUGUUUUGGAUGGUGAUUGGCGGUGGUAGCUAUUGUAGCACCGCGAUGGUGAGCGCCGUGCACGCCAUGACCAACUGGGUGCCCGAUAACAUCAACCGCGGACGGCUGGAUUUGUUCUACUGGAUGCUGGCGGGGAUCCUGACCGUCAAUCUCGGCGUCUACUUGGUGGUGGCAAGGUGGUAUAGGUACAAGCGCUGGAACGACGUGCCCGAGGAAAAUGGGAAGGUUUUGAAAAAGGUGGAGCAAACUUGAAAUGUAUAGUCAUCAUUAAAGACCAAUGUAAUCACACUGUAUGAUAUAUCUCCUCUCUAUCUAAAUCAUCGCAAUGGGAGCUUGA